AUGGGGCCCUUGGGGGCAGAGCCCCCCUCCCAGCCCCUCAAGAGACAGAAGAAAAGAUACCUGCGGCAUGACAAGCCUCCCUACACCUAUUUGGCCAUGAUUGCCUUGGUGAUCCAGGCAGCACCCUCACGGAGGCUGAAGCUGGCCCAGAUCAUUCGUCAGGUCCAGGCUGUGUUCCCCUUCUUCAGGGAUGACUACGAGGGCUGGAAGGAUUCCAUCCGCCACAACCUCUCCUCCAAUCCAUGUUUCCGCAAGGUGCCCAAGGACCCUUCAAAGCCCCAAGCCAAAGGCAACUUCUGGGUGGUCGACGUGAGCCUGAUCCCAGCAGAGGCUCUGCGGCUGCAGAACACCGCCCUGUGCCGGCGCUGGCAGAGCAGGGGUGCCCACAGAGCCUUUGCAGAGGAUCUAGGCCCCUACGUCCUGCACGGCCAGACCUACCAGCCUCCUAGCCUACCUCCAGCACUCAGCGAGAGCUUCAGCAUCAAGUCCCUUCUAAGGGUCCCCAGAGAGGGUCCUCCCUGGCCCCCGCUGCCUGCCAGGAAAAGCCGAGUUUCAGCCAGCACAGGGUGCCCUGUGGAUGAGGCAGUGCCCCCUGCCCUUCUGCCUUCCUCAGAAACUCCUCUGUGGCCUUUCUGCUCACUUCCUGGGCCUACAAGAGGCCAAGAGGAGACAGCCCAUGGAGGUGCCACUGGGCCCUCACCUCUCUCCCCAGAGCCAAGGGGCUGGCCCCUUCACCUCCUGCAGGGUACCCCAAACACCCAGGGUUUGUCGGGUGAGGAACACAGGGCCCCGCUUUGGGGCCAGCUACCCACCUCCUAUUUACCCAUCUACACUCCCAAUGUGGUGAUGCCCUUGGCCCCACUACCACCCACUUCCUGUCCCCAGUGCCCUCCUGCCACCAGGCCAGCCUACUGGGGGGUGACCUCUGAGUCUCAAGGGUCCCCAGGGCUGCUGUGGGAUCUAGACACCCUCUUCCAGGGCGUGCCCCCCAACAAGAGCAUCUAUGACGUGUGGGUCAGCCACCCUGGGGACCUAACCACACCAGCCCCAAGCUGGCUGCUGUCCUGGUGCAGCCUGUGA